AUGAGUUUCUCUAAUGAACGAAUGCGUGAAAUUGAACGGCAUAAUCAGAUUUUAUUGCGUAAAAUCCUCAACAUUUUUCAGACAACUUCCCAGACAAAUCUACGACUCACAACAUCGGCUGUUAAUCGUAAAAAACAACAACGGCAAAUUGAUUUGGAUAAUCAGGUAUUAAAACGUAAACUAGAGGCUAUAGCUCUACGACGAAAACCGCUGAUAACAUAAG